GGUGCUGCCUUUGGGUGGUAUUUUUUGUUUUUGUCAAAAGAUUUCCUUGAAUAAGACCUGGGUUUUGACUUCUUGUUUGCAGGCAGCUGUUUUUUUGUUUGUAUUUAUAUGCUCUGGUCUUAUUUUUGAUCUUGAAUGUAUGAAGAACUUCAGGUGCCUGGUAAUGGGGAAAGGAUCUGGACAGAUGGUUGACUUUUUGUUGACCUUUUGAAUGGUUCUGUUUUGGGUUUAAAUGAUGGAAUCUAUACUGGGUAUCCUUAAAUAGGGGGGUGGUUUACGUUUGUGUUUUAUUUACUCAAAUCCCACCCCCUCUAUUUCCUACCAACAAAAGAAAAGGGAAACAUUUUGGUUGUUUCCAGUUUAAUGACUCUGGGCCUAUUGUACAUGAUGGAAUGGUCAUUUGUUUGGUCUGAAAUGAUUUAGUACACAGUUUUGCUGUGCCCAUGAUUGAUGAGAGUGGUUGUGUUGCUUGGUUAUUGAUUGUAGUGGAAGAUAGGGAUCUGUUAAUUUGUUGGUUUUCAUCAUUAGCAGAAAUUCUUGAUUUGAUUUUGGAUGCUACAGUUUGAGGUUCCCAUUUGAUCUGACUAGUUAGGUCUGUGUUACCAUCCAUGAAAUAGAGAUGAAUUAUUGUGACAUUUUGGGCACUUUUCCUUCCUUGACCCCAUUGAAAGCUCACCAACCCUUGUAUUCUUAGCCCUCUUUGCCAAUUAUCUACUGAUUUAAUUUAAUAAUCUUGUCUAUAAUUUUGGAAUUGCGAGUUGAUGUUCUUGGGGGAUUGCUAUAAUAUUUUCAACUUGUUAGUUCGGGGUCCCCACUUCACAAUGAAGACCCUGUUGUUGUUGUUGUUGACUUGUUUGUGGAAUCACAGUUUGGUAUUGAGUGGUUCCUGGAUUUAAAACGAAGAACUGGAAGUCCUGAAGAUAUGCAGUUUGAGAGGCGUUUAGUGUUGUGCAGUCCUCGAGGAAAAAAGGGCUCGAAGAUUUGGAUUCCUCGGGCUUGUUUGAGAAGACAUGGAGCCUUUAAGCCUGCAGUUACAAGGCCAUGCCUCGCCUCCAGCUCAGUCAGCGUUUCAGUCCCCGAGGGAAGUUACCGUUGCAAGGAAAACUACUUCUCAAGACCCGUGCCCUUCAUCUGGAUCCGAAGAAAGUCGUGGGAAGCAUGUACCUGCUCAAAUCAAGCCUAUGUUCGUUAUUAGCAAUCCAGAAUUUCCCGUGAAUCCAGCCCAAGGUGAAAUGGGUCAAUCCACGAUUCACUCUAAUUACAAUUACUCAGAUCCAUACUUCAGUGGCUUAUUUACUGCUUAUGGACCUCAGCCUUUUCCUCAAAUGGUCGGGAUUGCACCUGCUCGGGUACCAUUGCCACUUGAUCUUGCAGAAGAUGGACCGAUUUAUGUCAAUGCAAAACAGUACCAUGGAAUACUAAGGAGGAGACAAAUACGGGCAAAGCUCGAGGCGCAAAACAAGCUCGUGAAAACUAGAAGGCCAUACCUGCACGAGUCCCGCCAUCUUCAUGCAGUGAAUAGGGUUAGGGGCUCGGGCGGGCGAUUCCUUAGCACGAAGAAGCUGCGAGAAUCGCUGUCAAUGAACUGCGGUUCUGGAAGUGAUUCUGCGAAGCACCACAGGGCUUCGACUGCCUCUUCUACUCCACACGGGAUGUCUCAGGGCGUUCAUGGCAACGUCAUCUUCCAGCCGCCCGAUCAUCACAGGCUCUCGAGCCUGCCUUCUCACAUGGCGGCCGCUGCUGCUUCCAUGCAAGGCGGGGGCGGGCUUACUUGCAAUGCAUAUUCUCCGGGUGUCCGGUGAGGAGUUCCUCACUGGGCAGGCAUUUCAUCCUUGGCUAUUGUCACUUUUCCUGUGAAGAAUUGAAGUUUCUGUGUUUAGUUUGGUUCCUUUUUUUUGUUUUUUUUUCUUAGAAACUGCAAUAAGACAUGCUUGACCUUUUUCUUUUUGAUGACUUUAAGAUAAUGCUUAGUCUGUCGUGUAACCAUUAAAUUUUAUGUUGUUCACUGAUAGGGAAGCAACUAAGUUAUCUUUACUGCUACUGCUAAUAUAUGUUGAAUGUGUAUGCCUUUGUUAAAGAUUAA